AAUUAAGUGGUAUUCUUGAAUAUAUGGAGACAAUACAAAAGCUAUGAAGAUGAGUUUGGGAGAGGGUUGCCGACUUUCGGCGGCUGUUGUUUGGCAGAGUCGUUUUGAAUUCCUCAAACUUACUUAAGCUUAUAAAUUUGAUGAGCUUCGUUGCCAUCGACCUAAUUGAAAUAGUGCCAAAAUGCUAACGCCAUCUUUUAAUUUUUAUCACAAAGACAAAGCCAUAUAUAUAUAUAUAUAUAUAUAUUUGAAUUAUUUGUUUAGUGAGUUAACACCCAAACAACACAUAGAUAAACUGCUGACUACCUAAUACCAUAUUUAAGUUUGUUAAUGUGUUAGGCAUUGUACACUACUCCAUUAAUUGGAAGUUGUAUUUGUUUAUAAUAUUUUUUUCUUUUCUUUUGUCAAAAGUAAACUUUAGAAGAAGCAUCAAAGUUUGGUUCAUAUUCACAGCUCAUACAUACCCUUCUUUCUUGAUUUCAAUUCAAUUUUCCUUCCAAGAAAAAGUCUUUCAUCUCUAUCUACCUGCAAAUAUACAUCAAUUCUUCAAUUUUUGUUACGCUCAUCUUCGCACGCGCAUAAAUCCUUAACUGCAAAUUUGACGUCAAUUUUUUCCUAGUUUUCGGCGUUGGUGGAUGGCUGUGUUGCAGGAGGCUUUUCCGGCUCGAAAACGGCGGCCGUCGUUGGGAGCAUUUGUGUCGCCGAAUUUCUCCGAUCAAAAGCUCCUUCGAUCGCUGUUUAUUGUCUCUCAGGAGAUUUCAUCUCUGCAGCCUCUGAGAAUUCUUCUCAAGAAAGCCUCAGCAUCAAUCAUCAGAAAAUCGAGGCUGAUUUCAAUCCUUUUCGAGGAACUCGUUUGGAAUCCGGUAAAUGUUUUCCCGCCUUCUGCUGCUUUGUGCUUUGAGGAAUUGUACAUAGUUUUGCAAAGAAUUAAGGUGUUGCUUGAAGACUGUUCCAGCUGCAGCAAAAUGUGGCUGUUAUCGCAAAUUCCUUCAAUUUCUACUUCUUUUGAUCAAUUGAUGGUUGAAUUAUCCACCAUUCUCGACAUUCUGCCCCUAAAAGAGCUGAAUUUGAUCGAAGAUGUUGAAGAAUUGGCAAACUUGAUCAAGAAGCAGUGUUCAGAAAAAGCUACGGACUGUGUGGAUAGGGACGAUGAAAAUCUGAGAACCGAGGUUCUGAAAAUGCUGGACAAUAUUAAAAGAGAAAUUGUCCCCGAUCAUUCGAAGCUUUCCGAGAUUUUUGAGAGAUUAAAUUUAAGUGAUUCCACGAGCUGCAGCAAUGAAAUUGAGAAUCUCGAAGAUGAAGUUCAGAAUCAAAACGACGACAAAUCAAAGGCGGACGUAAUUGCGCUUAUAGGACUUGUGCGCUAUGCCAAGUGCGUGUUGUACGGCGCCUCCACGCCUAGAAUCACAACCAGGCGGCAGAAAUCGGCGGGAGAAGUAAAUAUCCCAGCGGAUUUCCGGUGUCCGAUCUCUCUCGACUUGAUGAGAGAUCCUGUGGUGGUGUCCACCGGACAGACUUAUGAUCGGUCGUCGAUAACCAUGUGGAUCGAAUCAGGACAUGCCACGUGUCCAAAGACAGGUCAGCCCCUGGCCCACACGCAACUUAUUCCCAAUUUAGCGUUGAAGAAUUUGAUAGCUAUGUGGUGCCGCGAUCAGAAGAUACCGUUCGAGUCAACAGAAGUUAACGUCAAACCUAACGGCGUUGUUUUGAAUAAAACCGCAUUGGAAGCAAUCAAGAUGACUGUUUCCUUUCUGGUGAAUAAGUUAACGGCGUCACAAACGACAGAGGUAGUUGAUCGCUUAGUUCACGAGCUUCGUAUCCUGGCUAAGACUGAUUCGGAUAGUCGAACUUGCAUUGCGGAGGCCGGGGCUUUGCCUUUGUUGGUCAAGUUUCUGGGAUCGGAACAUCCGAGUCUCCAAAUUAAUGCCGUUACAACCAUUCUUAACCUGUCUAUACUAGAAGCUAAUAAAACAAGGAUUAUGGAGACUGACGGGGUACUAAACGGCGUUAUUGAGGUGUUGAGGUCGGGUGCCACCUGGGAGGCCAAGGGGAAUGCGGCAGCCACCAUUUUUAGCUUGACCGGCGUACAUGCAUACCGGAAGAGGCUGGGGAAGAAGACACGUGUUGUGAAGGCAUUGCUCGAUUUGGCAAGGGUAGGACCCACAAAUUCUAAGAGGGACGCUAUGAUGGCAAUCUUGAAUUUGGCAGGAGAUAGAGAGGCAGUUGGCAAAUUGAUUGAGGGUGGGGUGGUGGAUAUGAUUGGCGACGUGAUAGAUACGCUGGUAGAGGAGGCGGUGGCCAUUCUUGAGGUAGUGGUGAAACGAGGUGGAUUAGUAGCAAUUUCAGCUGCUUAUCACGGGAAUUUGAUAAAGAAAUUGACAACAGUGUUGAGAGAUGGUUCGGAUAGAGCUAAAGAAAGUGCAGCUGCAACACUAGUGAAUAUUUGUCGGAAAGGGGGAUCGGAGAUGGUGGCAGAGCUUGCAGCAAUAACAGGGAUUGAGAGAGUGGUUUGGGAAAUAAUGGGAACGGGAACGGGACGCGCAAGAAGAAAAGCAGCUACAUUGUUGAGGAUUCUAAGGAGAUGGGCAGCUGGACUAAUUGGAGAGCAUUUCAACACUCAGUCCUCUUCAACUGUGAAUAUGACUUCAACUAGGAUAGUAUUGCCUGCAUAAAGUUGCUGCGUUUUUUUUUUUUUUUUUUGGCUUAUUUUGCAUUAUUGUUUCUUCAAGAUUCAUUUGUUCGAUACACAUUCAUUUACUCAAGUAUAGAUUCUCUAAAUUUGUUAAUG